AUGCGUUUCCUCAGUAAUGCCCUUCUGUUCUUAACGACCAGUACCCUUUUCCUCGCAAGCACUCUCGCCAUUGAGAGGCAGGAAUGUGGCUCAUACGCAUCCGCUGACAAGAUAGAAGCCUCAGAGCUGGCAAUCAAAGCUCAUGCUGCAGAGUUUCGUCAAGGGCGCCGCGCGGAGAUGAAGGACUACGUUUUCGAUGUGUAUUUUAAUGUGAUUGCGAAGAACAUGUCGUUAGCCGGGGGAUGGGUGCCACAAAAGCAGAUCGACGACCAGAUGGCGUUGCUGAACAAGGCGUAUGUGGGGACAGGCAUUUCGUGGAAACUCGUCAACGUCACCCGCGUCCUGAGUCGUUACUGGCAUGAAACUGUGACUCUUGGAGAGCCACAAGCUAUCCAAAUGGCGCGUUCCUUUAGAAAAGGAAAAUCCACCGCAUUUAACGUUUAUACUGUCGGUUUCUACACAGAGGCUUUGAACGGAUACUCCGCGUUCCCUAUCGACUAUCGCACAGACCCAUAUGAAGACGGUUGUGUGCUGCUCUUCGAGACACUUCCAGGAGGCGUCAGCAGGGAACGCCAGGGCGGCACGCUCAUCCACGAAGCUGGUCACUGGCUCGGGUUGUACCACACGUUCCAGGGUGGUUGCGUAGGUCUAGGAGAUCGCGUUGCAGACACCCCGCCCAGUUUGAAAGCAUCAUCUGGUUGCCCCGACUUUGUCGACUCGUGUCCUGGAGACGGGCCUGAUCCAAUCCACAACUACAUGGAUUACACAAAUGAUACAUGCCGCACCGAGUUCACCCCCGGCCAGAUCCAACGCAUCCAGGACUCGAUGGCGACGUAUCGCAGUGACCCAACGAUCUGA